CAAAUCGCAAAAUGUUAUUUCUAAUUUAUUUGCUGAUCGCGAUAUCAGCUUUGGUGGUGUAUCUGCUGCACCGCAACAUGAAUUACUGGAAGAGCCGGGGAAUACCUCAAGAACCCCCGCAUCCGUUCUAUGGAAAUUUGGUCGGAUUCAGAAAGAAUCGCAUAAUACAUAAUGCUUUGAUCGAAUACUACAACAAAUUCCGAAAGACGGGUCAUCCGUUUGUGGGUUUUAGCUUUAUUCAAAAGCAGAGCGCAUUUAUCAUGGAUAUCAAACUGGCAAAGAAUGUUUUGAUUAAGGAUUUCACGAACUUCGCCGAUCGUGGACAGUUCCACAAUGAGCGCGACGACCCACUCACUGGGCAUCUCUUCAAUUUGGAUGGCAAACGUUGGAGGGAGAUGCGACAGAAGCUUUCGCCCACUUUUACUUCUGGCAAGAUGAAGUUCAUGUUCCCGUCUGUCAUCAAAGUGUCUGAGGAAUUCGUCAAAGUAAUGCUUGAAGAAGUCCCAGCCAAAUCGGGAGGCGCUAUCAUCGAAGUCAAAGAUCUGAUGGCUCGCUUCACAACCGAUGUCAUAGGCACAUGUGCCUUUGGAAUUGAGUGCAACACCCUGCGCACUCCCGUAACUGACUUCCGAAAAAUGGGACAAAAGUCCUUCACUGAGAUGCGUCAUGGGACUUUCCUAACCGCAUUUAGCUUUAGUUUUCCAAAUUUGGCACGCAAACUGCGAAUGCGCAUGAUUCCCGAAGACGUUCACCAGUUCUUUAUGGGAUUGGUUAAGGAAACAAUAGCAUACAGAGAAAAGGAAAAUAUCAAGCGAAACGACUUUAUGGAGAUGCUCAUCGAGCUGAAGCAGAAGGGCAGCUUUACAAUGGACAACGGCGAAGUAGUCACAGGGUUGGAUGUUGGUGAGUUAGCUGCCCAAGUCUUUGUCUUCUAUUUGGCGGGCUUUGAAACCUCCUCAUCAACCAUGACCUAUGGGCUAUAUGAGCUGGCCCAGCAUACCGAUAUUCAGGAUAAGUUAAGAGAAGAUAUUAAAGAUGUUCUGCAGCAACAUGAUGGAAAACUGACCUACGAAAGCAUUAAAGCUAUGCGGUACUUGGAUCAAGUUAUUUCAGAAACUCUCCGCCUGUACACUAUUGUGCCUUUCCUCGAGCGCAAGGCUCUGAAUGAUUAUGUUGUACCCGGUCAUCCCAAGUACGUUAUAGAGAAAGGCACUCAGGUUAUAAUACCUGCUACUGCCUACCAUAGGGACGAAGAUUUGUAUCCGGAUCCCGAGAAAUUCGAUCCGGAUCGCUUCUCGGCUGAACAAGUGGCAGCUCGCGACUCGGUUGAGUGGCUGCCCUUCGGCGAUGGCCCCAGAAAUUGUGUGGGAAUGCGUUUUGGUCAAAUGCAAACCCGCAUUGGCCUGGCUCAGCUGAUAAGGAACUUCAAAUUUUCGGUUUGUGACAAAACUGAUAUUCCGCUCAUCUAUGAUCCCAAAUCGUUCGUUUUGGGCACAAUUGGCGGCAUUUAUCUGCGUAAUCCGUUGAGAGCUGAACACAAAAUGUUGUUGUUUCUAAUAUAUUUGCUGACCGGUUUAUCAGCUUUGGUUGCGUAUUUUUUGCACCACAACAUGAACUAUUGGAAGAACCGUGGAAUACCCCAAGAUGCACCGCAUCCGCUCUAUGGAAAUCUGACUGGCUUUAGAAAAAAUCGCGUACUUAACGAUAUUGUGGAGGAAUAUUACAACAAAUUCCGAAAGACGGGUCACCCGUUUGUGGGCUUCAACUUUCUGCAAAGACGCAGUGCAUUUAUUAUGGAUAUCAAAUUGGCAAAGAAUGUUUUGAUUAAGGAUUUCACGAACUUCGCCGAUCGUGGACAGUUCCACAAUGAACGCGACGACCCACUCACGGGGCAUCUUUUCAAUUUGGAUGGCAAACGUUGGAGGGAGAUGCGACAGAAGCUUUCGCCCACUUUUACUUCUGGCAAGAUGAAGUUCAUGUUCCCAACUGUCAUCAAAGUGUCUGAGGAAUUCGUCAAAGUAAUGCUGGAAGAAGUCCCAGCCAAGUCUGGAGGUGCUAUCAUCGAAAUCAAAGAUUUGAUGGCUCGCUUCACAACCGAUGUCAUAGGCACAUGUGCCUUUGGAAUUGAGUGCAACACCCUGCGAACUCCCGAAACCGACUUCCGUAAAAUGGCACGUAAAGCACUCGUCGAGUUGCGACACGGUCCGUUGCUGACGGCCUUCCACUUCAGUUUUCCCAAUUUGGCACGCAAACUGCGAAUGCGCAUGAUACCUGAUGAUGUUCAUGAGUUCUUUAUGGGACUGGUUCAAGAAACAAUAGCGUACAGAGAGAAGGAAAAUAUCAAGCGGAACGACUUUAUGGAGAUGCUCAUCGAGCUGAAGCAGAAGGGCAGCUUUACAAUGGACAACGGCGAAGUAGUCACAGGGUUGGAUGUUGGUGAGCUGGCUGCCCAAGUCUUUGUCUUCUAUAUGGCCGGCUUCGAGACCUCUUCAUCAACCAUGAGCUAUUGUCUAUAUGAGCUGGCCCAGCAUACCGAUAUUCAGGACAAGUUAAGGGAAGACAUUCAUAAUAUUCUGCAGUCAUAUGAUGGUAAACUGACCUAUGAAAGUAUUUUAGCCAUGCGAUACUUGGAUCAGGUUAUUUCAGAAAUACUCCGCCUAUAUACUAUUGUACCUUUCCUCGAACGCAAGGCCCUAAAUGAUUAUGUUGUUCCUGGACAUCCAAAAUACGUUAUCGAGAAGGGAACGCAGGUCAUACUGCCUGCAGCUGCCUAUCAUCGGGAUGAAGACCUCUAUCCCGAUCCCGAGAAAUUCGAUCCGGAUCGCUUCUCGGCUGAACAAGUGGCAGCUCGCGACUCGGUUGAGUGGCUGCCCUUCGGCGAUGGCCCCAGAAAUUGUGUGGGAAUGCGUUUUGGACAAAUGCAAACACGUGUUGGCCUGGCCCAGCUGAUAAGGAACUUCAAGUUUUCGGUGUGUGACAAAACUGAUAUUCCGCUCAUCUAUGAUCCCAAAUCGUUCGUUUUGGGCACAAUUGGCGGCAUUUACCUGCGUGUGGAGCGAGCUUAGCUGGAAAUAUGUAAACGUGCCCAGUGCUUUGUUUUCAAAUUCUUGAAUUGUUGUCGAUGUCGUCAUGUGUGGCUAAUAUGCAGUCUGAAUUACAUAUAGUAACAGAGAUUAGCAAACAUGUUUGCCUUUGUAUGUACUUUUGUGAAUGGGUAUGUUAUUAACAAACAUAUAAUUAAAUGGUGUAAUAAAG